ACCAAACUGCGUAAAGGUCGCGAGGGUUUCCAAAUGUCCAACUUAGAUGGACUGAAUUUGAUCAAAGACAAUCUGACUGAGUUAAGCAAUGGAAAACAAAACGCUAGGCGACGUCGAACCCCGUUCUCAACCACCGGUCGAGCGUUUCACUCGUUAGAUUCCAUUGUGGAUGAAGACGGUACACAAUCAGUUGGUGGCCCGGUGGAUAAUCCAGCAUUCGAAUCAGAUGAAGUGUCCGUGACACAACCAUCCACAAUGGCUCGAUCCAUCAAUGAAGGUGUUUCGGGCACGGAUUGGGACGCGGACGAAACGCACCGGGAAGUGGAACAAGGCUACAAACAACACGAACAAGGAGAGCCAGAACAUCAGCAACUAGAUCCUAAUGCGACAGAACCGGGGAACUAUGCAGACCUCGCAAUAGAAGACAGUCAGGUGAUUGUUCGAACGCACGCGGAACCAUACAUGUUUAUCAGAUCCACAGAUGUUUCAAAUUCGGUUCCAAAUGAAGAACUUCCGAGGGAAACGUGUUCACGUGAAGAGCAUAUUGCACUCACAGAACGUAAAUCAUCCGAUUCCGCACUGAAUGCGGAUACUGUAUCAAGCAUUCCGGUUUCAACUUCCCGGGAAUGUGACGACCAGGUUCAAGUUGAGCCAGUCACCCAAACAGACAUUCUCCCGGAUUCACGACCACCGCCUAUCGCGGUUCGGAAUCCUGACAUUUUCGUCACAUCUGUGGAGAAGACUUAUGAUUCCAUCAACCAGCGAUCUGUGCACCGAGAUUCUGAGCUCGAAUCGAAGCUGGACAAAAGUGGGACCCGCUCACCGACUAGUAGUGCUAGUCCGACCAAGCGAGUGACAGUGGAAGGUCAUCGACCUGCCACCGCUCCACGACCUCCGAAGAAGCCACCGAUUCCACCGGGAAAACCAUCAAAACAACUGUCCGUAGAACAGCAUCGAACGGAAGGAGAGACAGAAACGGCUUCCAUUGUUCGCAAAUCCAUAAAAUCGCCUGAUCUUCCACAAAGAAAGCGAUCCGGUGCAAAGCCAGAGAGUACGGAAAAACCACAGACUCCCAGGGAGAAAACAAAGCCGGGAAAGAAGAAAGAUCCCCUGCAGGGCUCCAAACCCUCUAGUUCACGUAGUGAUCUCGUCUGA